CGCUGGCUUGAAUUUUCAACAAUUCAUCUGAUCAGUAAAUAGAUUUAAGUUUAAUUAGUUGAUUAUUUUGUGUAUUAAUUUAAUUGUUACAAUGUCAACUUUAAUUGAUUUGGAUGCGAUCUCUGCUGGUCUACAGGCUGUUGCCAAUUUAAGGUGCGAAGUUAAUCAAUUGUUCUAUACACUAACCAAUGGAUUUGGUGGUCCAAUGAUUGACCCAACAACUUACCAACCAAGAGCCAAAGAUGCUGAUGAAGAAGCUGAAAUCAAAUUUAUCACUGAUAUUAAACAAAAUUUUGAUAUUAUUAACAACCAGAUUAAAAAAUUGGAAAAGUCGUGUGAGCAUUUAAAUCAAAAUACAAGUAACACAAUUAAUCUAAACAUUGGUAUGUUGGGGAUUCUGGCUCAAGAUCCUGCUCAUGAAAGGGAUGGUCUUUACGCAAAUUUAAUUUCGUGUUAUCGUUGGUUUGAUCGCAUGCAUGACUAUGUCUCUCAUGCUCACCAUUUUUACAAUAUGAAUAACAUUUAUAAUAGGAAUGUGCAAGGCUCUGAUACACUUCUUCGAAUGAAACAAAUGUCUAAUAAUUACAAACCACUCAAAAUUGCAGGGCGUUCAACUGCAUUGAGUGGUAUCAACAUGCCAAGUAAUCAAAUAGAUAUUUUUUUCAAUUCUUUGACUCGAAAUAUACCCAAUUUAAGUUUAAAAAUUGUGAGACCUUUUGGAUCCCCCACCAUUGCUAUAUUCACACUGGACAAAGUUCUAAAAUCUUUACUUUUACUCCAUGGAUUAAUUAUUGAAUGGGUUGUUGUUAAAGGCAUUGAUGAAGAUUUUUAUGAUGAAAAUGGGAAACUUGACAUUUGGUCUGAAUCGAGAUAUGAAAUAUUUAAGAAAGUUUCAAUCAACUGCAUUUCGGCAACUCAUCAUUUCUCAUCUCCAAUUCAUUACGAUAUUGCAGUUAAAUCAUGGAUGAAUUGGUUUGCAUCAUAUCAAACCCUUUUCAACAAACCAUGUCUCAAGUGCCAUCAAAGAAUAAACAUCAAUUAUAAAUUACCAACUUGGCGUGAUUAUCGCACUAGUGAUGCAUACCAUGAAGACUGUCACUUUUAAUGUUUAUCAAGUUUUCUAGUAAAAUUUUGUUUCUUCAUAUCGA